UCGGCGCGAGGGAAGGAGGCCGCCGCCGGUUUCCGUGGUGUACCAGCGUCUCACAGGAGGGGGUGGAAAAAGGAGCACUACCGACUUGACGGCCACCCGUUUCUCACAGACCCGUUUCUUCCCGCAGUAACUUGGAAGAGACAAGGGGCCCGUUGUGUGAAGGGUCGAAGGAAAAGGUGUAAUUGAGCCAUGCCUCUGUGUUUGUGUGUGUAAGCGCUCACGGCGGCGGCGGUUGCCAUGGUAACAGAGGCUGCUCUCCGGCGGCUGCUAAGGGCUUCGCGGGCGUGAUUCCAAAAACUCUUUUCUUCUGUCUGGGCGCUUAUAUAUUUCACAGAUAAAAUUACAUCCUGCUAAGAUACCAGCAUAUUAUACAUCAAAUUGUCAACUUUUAAAAAAAAUGAUUUUCAAAUGAAGUUUUCUAUGGACUUGAAGAGUUGUGUUUGACCCUAAAAGUACAUAGCAGUGAAGCUUUUGUAUAUUGAGUGCUUCCUGCAAAGUACUUUCUAGCAGACCAAUGCAGCCGUCAAAGAAUAAAAAAGCAGAAUAUUUGGAAACUUUCUGUAGGCCUUCUUCAGCUGUCCAGAAGACCAGUGCUGAGAUCAUAAAUGAAGCACGAAAUACCCUAAGGACCUUGAGAACCCAAAGACCAUUUACGCCAAGAGAAGAACAAAGGAAACUUUUUGGAUCUGGUUCAUCAAGAGCACCUGAAAAUAGGCCACCUUCCACUUUCAGUCUCCAUGCUUCCAGCUUUGAAUCAAUUGAAUCAAGACCUGUGUCUUGUGCACGCCUCAGCCCACUGGACCAUAAACCAAAGCUACUGUUAUCUUCUACAAGUGAAGAACAUCACAUUUCCCCUGUGAAAUCAUCAUUGGACUCAGAAAAGAUUAGAAAAGUUAGCAAUGCACGUGCACUUUUGUUCAGAUCUGCCUCUUACGGAAAUCUUCUCCCUGAUAAAGCAUUUUUCCCCACUGAGAGCAAAAGGCAAAGUUCUGAAGAUGAGACUGCUGCAGGUGAUAUUUCAAGGAGCAGUCACGAAAGUUUCUCACAGAAAUUAAUUGUUGACUUGAGCUUUAAGGAUGAGUGUCUUCCACUCUCUUCUAAAGAGCAUUACAGUAAGAUAACAGGAGAAAAAGUGUAUCACAAAAUGACAGGCAUAUCAACUUCAUCUCAACUCAACAGCCAAAGUGACCAAGUUAACAAGGAGGAAAGUCCUUUAGCCUGUCCAAAUAAGACUGAACAAGCCAGGCCUGCAGUUAAAUCAGAAAAUUAUCCCGAAGUACUUGAGACAGAAGAAGAAAACUACUGGAAUAUGAACGUUUUACCAAUUUUACAUGAAUUAGAAACAGAGGACAAUGUAGAAAACCUUUGCCAUGCCUGCACUAUCCUCUAUCAAGUCCUGGAGGAAGGCGAUAUGUUUGGAAAGCGAUUUAAAGGGCGUACUCUUCUUUUGAAGACUUUAUACAAAUUAGUUGACAUUCCUUCUGAUACCCUUGGCCUGAAAUUAGCAAAAAUUAUUCUGGGUGUGAAAGUCAAUGGGAAGAAUCUAGUUAAUGUUUGCAAACUUGUGUUCAAAAUAAGCAGAAAUGAUAAAAAUGACACCCUGAUUCAGAAUGACAACAUAUUAGAUUCUCUGCUUGAAAUUCUGAGAGUUGAAGAUGUGCAAGCAAACAUUGAAGCCUUUCUGUAUUGUAUGGGUGCUGUAAAAUUCAUUUCUGGAAACAAAAGGCUCAUUAAUGAGAUGUCCAGCAAGGGAAGUGUUGAGAUACUGCUGCAACUUAUGAGACACAUUAAUGAAAUUAAUGAAAGUGAUCCUCUGUUCUCCAGCUCAGGACAUCUCUUAGUCCAGCUCACUGCCACUUUGCGAAACCUGGUUGACUUGUCUCAGUCAAGGUGCAAACUCCUGGAAUAUGGAGCAAUUCUAGACCUUUGCCUGAUGCUGGAGAAACGUAUGAAUGACAAGGAUAUAUGUACCAAUGUGGCCAGAAUUUUCAGCAAGCUUUCUUCCUUCAAUGACUGCUGUACAGCUUUGGCAGACUGCUCCAGAUGUUACAUCUUAUUUUUAGCCCUGCUAAACAAACACGCAAAGAAGCAGGAUUUAGUUGUUCGUAUCAUUUUCAUUCUUGGCAAUUUAACAGCGAAGAACAAUCAGGCUCGAGAACAAUUUUUUGAGAUACAAGACAGCAUUAACACCCUGAUAAUGCUAUUCCAGUCUCAUUGGGAAAUUGACUGUAAUAGUAAGCUGUUGAAAGAUGACGGUGAAUUUAAAAAUCUGAAGCAUCCUUCUGAAGCAGAAGAUGUCCUCAUCAAACUUAUACGAGUGAUUGCCAAUUUGUCCAUUCAUCCGACUAUAGGUGUAAGCCUAGCAACUAACCAUCAGAUUGUGGCAUUACUUAUUACAGUACUAGAAUACAAGUCAGUUGGCGAAUCUGAGGAGCUGGUUAUUAAUACCACAGCAACAAUCAACAAUUUAUCUUUCUACCAUGUGAAGAAUUCUAUAAUACAGGAGAAGAAACUAUAUAUUGCAGAAUUGCUUCUAAAGUUGUUACUAAGCAGCAAUAUGGAUGGAAUUCUGGAGGCUAUUCGAGUCUUUGGUAAUCUUUCUCAGUACCGUGAAGUCUGUGACUUCAUUAUACAGCGACAGGUAUACAAGUUCAUGAUUGCUUUGCUCGAUGCCAAACACCAAGAUGUCUGCUUUUCGGCCUGUGGAGUUCUCCUCAACCUUACUGUGGAUAAAACCAGGCGUAUUAUACUGAAUGAAGAAGGAGGAAUUAAAAAGUUAAUUGAUUGUUUGAGAGACUUUGGUCCUACAGACUGGCAGCUGGCUUGUUUAAUAUGCAAGACUUUGUGGAACUAUAGUGAGAGUUUUAGUAUUGCUGAGACCUGCUUUGAAGAAGAUGAUUCAAAUGCCCUACUUGAUCUCCUUGCAUCAUUUUUAGAUGAAGAAAUGGCAUUGGAUUACAGUUUGGACAGCGAUUUAAGAAUUUAUCACAAAAUAUAUUGGGAAACAGAGUUCAAACCUGUGGCACAGAAGCUUCUCCAGAAAAUACAAAGCUGAAUUUUGAGCCCUUAACUAAUUACUGCAUUUUAUGGUGGGCGUUGAGGAUUUUGGUAUAAAGGAUACUUCAGUUGCUGUUUAUGCAAACUGUUUCCCACUACUUGGAACAUGCUGUAUCCAAAGAAAAAUGACUAUUUUGUAUAUAGAUUCUACUUUAUAAACCAGCUACCACAUCUGGACUAAGUACCUUUCUGAUAAACUUAAUAAAAAUCUGUCCUCACUUUAUUGCAUAGAAGAUGUGCGAUUUUGGAUAGUGAUAACUAAAUGAUGGGUAAGGAUUGACUGUUGUUCCUACUUGGAACUCUGAGCAUGUGUUGAUUAGAUCAUGUGAUUAAGAUGUAGCUUUAAUUGGGAAACUAAUUACUAUAAUUUUUCUGUAAUGAUUCAGCUCUGAAGCAGGCACAAGAACCAAUCUUUCUAAAGCUGUUUUGUUGCUGCUGUUUGUUUUUUGCUUUUGAGUCUGCUGUUGUUUCACCGUAAUUGUGCCGGUGAUAUUGAUGUUCAUGGAAAAAGAAUGAGGAGUCAGAUAAGGGAAAUUCAUAAAAUGUUAGUCAUUUAAACACAGGCGGGAAAACAGAUUUUUCGUUUGAUACAAUUUCUAGCAUAAGAAGGGGACUUUAAAACAAUUUCCAGUUAAAUGGCAUCUCUUUACAAGAAGAUCAGUAAGGAUGUAAUGCACUGAUAAAUCCAGCAUUUGAUUUAGAAUCUAUGGCUUACAUAUAACCCCUGGUUCUACUGACAAUUUCAAAAAAUGACUCAAAUAUUGAAAUAAGUAUUCUUUGUUUAUGUGCAUUCUGUGAAACUCCACCUGUUAGAUGGCACCAGCUUUCUUAGGAUAUAAGAAUCAGCUCCAUGGCUGGCAGGUGAACAAGGUUUGUAAAGUUACUAGACUUCAUAAAUGAAAUUCAAAUAGCAACUAUUGGAAGGAAUACUUUAAGCAAAACCAAUUUGAAAUGUGAACAUUUGGUGUAUGAACUGUGGAUUUAGCAUAAAUUUUGUACUUUUGACUAGAGGAAACGGCAGAUGCUUCCUGUUAAACUGUUGAGGUUGCAGCUUAGCUUUUUGUUCUCUCCUCUCAA